GAUUGACGACACCAUAAAGAUGCUGGACGAUCACCUGGCUGACGUGUAUCACGAGGUCGACUGCACUCGCAUCGCCCUGGACCCGCGCUUCAAAAAUAUGGAUGGAUCCAUAGGUGCAGUCUACUACAACUUCCCACAUGCCGGGGCCGCGUGGGUUGACCUCCAGCCAGGGCAAGGGCAUGUCACAGGCUUCUACGAUAGCCAUCCUAUUGUGAAUUGGCGUCACGAGAAUCUGAUGCGACUGUUCUUUCGCAAUCUGCGCUACUUCGUGAAGCCUGGCGGUCUUGUCAAGAUCGCAUCGAACAUGGGAGCUGUGGGUGUGCGCUACUCGUACAUUCUCGGCUCGGCGGAGCAAAACGAGUUUCAGCAUGUGGAGACGGUCCCUUUUUUAGAGUGGUCGCUCCAUCGGUAUGGGCGUGCAUAUGGUGACCGACGUGACAAGAAGAAACGGCCUGGCGAUGGCCAAGGCUACAAUGCGCAGAAAGCAGAGUCGGACAUGGUCUACACCUUCGAGUAUCGUCCCAGCGGACGGGAGUUGCCGAUUCAGGAGAUCAAGUUUCCACCGACUUUCCAGACGAUCAUGGGAUGUAAUGACGGUCCCUUCAAAAACCUCGAUCCGGUCUCCGCCAAAGCUUUGGCGAGGCAACUGCACGAGCGCUUCAUCAAGGAGGUCUCUGGAAUUCACGUUGGCUGA